AUGGCUACCCCAACGUACAACAUUCACUACCAUUUCGAUGGAGUUUUCCUCGGUGGCCCGAACAUCCUGCCGCACGCCUGCAGCGGGGAGCACUCUAUAUUGCCUCCUGAUACUGAAGACUUGCCGCAAGACGACACAUCUCCUCAUCGGCCAUCAACCCAAGGCCGUAGGUCCUUCAUCUCCCGGUCUCCACCAUCGGCACCGAACCAACUUGCUACAUGGCUGAGUUCUCCUGCGGUCGCACCGUUUUGUCUGUUUGCAGGGCUGCUGUUCGCUCAUAACAGGUUUGGGGUGUUGAGUUUGUCACUGGGGCUCCUACACAAGAUCCUGGAUACUCUCCCAGCAUCAACGCAGAAUGCUGUUUUCGAAUCAGUCGCCUCUUCUCCGCCCGAGCAAGUCUCCUCCGCUGUUUGCCGCACGGCCUCGCGUGCUGUGGAUUUACAUAGUGGAAACUCCAACCGGCCGAGAAGCAAUGGAAGCAGAGUUGCUCCAACAUUCUUCCCGUGGCUGCAAUUUUCAUCCAACACACACACUGAAUUCGUCUUCUCGGUAGAUGACAUCAUUCACCACUUCCUUUGGGCAGCCUUCCGCAAUCAGGUACUUGCUCGACACGCCAUCGACCUGUCCGCCGCUCAUGAUACUUUUGGGCUGGUUAAAGAGGGUACUCCAUUAGAAGUCUUCUUGGUGCCCCUCGUCCGAUUCCUGCUAUCUCAACUAGAACAGGAGCAGAACAAGAUCGAUGUUGUCCCCCAAGCCCUUGCCCCGCUCAGCUUGGUACUGCCAGAGCAGGCCGUGGAAAAUACCAGUUCGAGCCAGAACAUCCACCAAGAAGGCAUUGCGGCGUCUGUGAGGCCGGUGAAUGUGGCUGACAUUGCGACCCACACUGAUGGAAAUAUGGCUGCAUUUCCCAGUCCAACCCACGAGGAACUGCAUGUCCACAAAACUCCAUCAGGUUCACUUUUGACUUUGGAUUCUAAGCCUGGCAAGAUUGGAAGACACGUAGGCGAAUCGCCGCAAUCCCACGAGAAGGAACCAGUAGCAGCACCAGAGCUUUCCAACAGGGAUCUUGCCCGCGCCGAGUCCGGCCCCGGUGAUGCUCAUGCCGAAGAGCAAGGAAUGUCUCAGGGCCUGCAGAAUGAAGGCCACCAAACAUCUGACAGUGGGGUUCAGUCCACAGCGAGUCAGACUAUCCAGGGAUCUAUGCAGCCUCACCCUAACGAUCAGGUUGCCCCGACAGUCUCUCUACCUAUAGCUCCGACCCCAAACGGAGAUAUUGAAGCACCGGUUACUGACUUUAGCGCCAAUGAAUCCAUUGCUAUGGACACGCAAUCAUUCUUGGCCGCCGAACAGCCAGCCAAUCAGGACGGUCCAAUUAACAACGUCGGCGAAAGCGCUAGUGGAUUUCAAGAGGAAUCCGAAAAUAUCCCCGGAAGAGUUUAUGAUAGACCCGAUAUGACAACUUUUCAAAUGGAGGACGCGCCACCACUGGAAGCUCCCUCACCGAACACCGCUUUGCAGACUUCAGCAUCGUCAUCCGGAUCUGACAUUAACUCGGCAAAUGGAGCUUCGUACUUUCAGCCCCUCGGUGUGUUGCCUCAAAUCUCUCGGGGUCCCACUUUGAGCCACCCUGUGCAUACUCAAUCGCGGGUUUUUGAGCCUUUGGUUCCAGAGUCUUCUAUGGAAUCCACGGAAGCUUCUGUUGACAUGAUGCAUAUCGACAGCUUAAGCAACGAAGAGGCUGCUUAUGCGAGUUUUCUGAAUGGUCUAGAUCAUCUCGGAUACCCAUUGGGGUUUGACCUGGAGAAAGAUACUCUUUCCAGGUGGCAGGAUCUGGCCCGCUACGAGACUUUUAGGCUACAUUUGCCGUACGAGAUUGAACCGCUUGACAGUCUGAUCGAGGAUUCUGGGUACUUGAUCCUCGAUAACCCCUGGCACCGAACUCCAGCGCCAUGGGAGAAUAACAGCUCACCCACCAAUGGCCGCGUCGCUGACACCAAUGCCCCCAAGCCAACAAACAAAGGGAAGCAGAGGGCAACUGAAGAGGAGGUUAGGGAACAAGAGGCCGCUAGCCAGAACCGCUACUGGGGUGCGAAAGUCUCGACGUAUUCGCUUUCUGUAGUUCCAGAAGAACAGGCCAUGAUCUCUCCAACCCCUGGGAUCACACAAAACUCCUAUGAAAGCCUUGAGACUUCGCUUCAAGAUGGCCGUUCACUUCGCAUUGGCUCCCUUAGUACGGCUCAGCUCCGUGCUCGUAAUUCUGGGAAUUCUGAAGCUGGCGAAUCGUCUUCUUCCAAUCCAGACUUCCAAGGUCUUAGUGAUCAAUCGCGAUUCAGCAAUGACAUGAGGGCAAGUCUGCCGGACGUCCCUAUUGCAGAAACACUGGACGAAAACAAGAGAGGCGCGCCAGUUGAACGCAAGAGAGACAUUCAGAAGGCGAAGACAAAGCGGAUCGUGCUGACGCCUAGACUAAAUCUGGGAAACGGGCAAUCAAGGACGAUUUCGAAGAAGGCCUCCAACUUUACUGAUGAGACUUCGGGCCUUACUGACGACACAUCUGGCUCUACCGACGAGCCUUCCGACCUUGACGAUGAGGACCUCAAAGGCCUUUUGGCUUCUGCCCUGUACGGCUCAGAAAGUCAAAUGACGCAGCGCAACACAGGACGCAACCUCGAUAUUCCCGAUGACAUUCCCGAACUCGACAUUGAGGAGCCCGUGGAUGAGAAUGAGCAAACCACCUUUGGGGCAAAUGUUGGGGACAAGCGGAAGAGUGAAUGGGUGGAGGAUCCGGCCACGGACGAGGCUCAGAAGACGAAACGGGAGAAGUUGGCCAGCAUCGCGCAUAAGCGUUGUUGA